CGAGGUCACGCGCCGCACCCCAGGGGCGUCUGGCCGUCGCGCUCGGGGGUCCACAAAGCAGCGCCGGCUCGGGGGAGCGGAAACUUCGCCAAGUUCCCGCCCGCACCCCGGGCGCCUAGGCCGAGCCCGGCUGGCAGCGCCGCCCCUCCCCCGCCCAGCCCAGCCGAGCGCCGGUGCCAGGCGGCGGGGACGCCGGGGCCACUCUCCGCGGGGAAGGAAGGGGGCGGCCUCCCGCUUUUGUGAGUCUCCGAGGAGUCUCAGGUCCCCAAAGGGUUAAAAACCACUUCAUCCCGGCGGAGACAUGAAAUGUAUUCGAGAUCAAUGUCAAGAACGGGUUAUUCUAAUUCUGGGGCACAGCCAGACCUGGGCAUCUGGAAUGAUCUACGCGCCUUAAAAAAAAAAAAGGCCCCGUCGCCACCAUUUUCUCCAGCUGGAAGUGUCCACUCACCCUCCACUAGCAUGGCCACGUCCUCCCAGUACCGCCAGCUGCUGAGUGACUACGGGCCGCCAUCUCUUGGCUACACCCAGGGGACUGGGAACAGCCAGGUGCCCCAGAGCAAAUAUGCCGAGCUGCUGGCCAUCAUCGAGGAGCUGGGGAAGGAGAUCAGACCCACGUACGCAGGCAGCAAGAGUGCCAUGGAGCGGCUAAAGCGGGGCAUCAUCCACGCACGCGGGCUGGUCCGGGAGUGCCUCGCGGAGACUGAGCGCAACGCCAGGUCCUAGCGGCACCCACAGAGUCCUGCACAGGAGGAGGGCGCCACCACCACCGCCGCCACGCACACCGCGCUCCUUCUGGAAUGUUAACAGUUUAGUUUUUUUCUGCCGUGGUUCACUAGGCUCUGAACCUACAGUCUCCAAGAAUGAGGAGCGAUUUCACAGGGAGUUAGGGUUCGUGUCUGCCAGGGCGAGGCCCCCCAGGGUGUUUGCACGUGCCCUUACUGUCUGUCCCCGAGACCCAGUGUCGCCCUUCAGUCCUCUCUGCUGAGUCACCGACACCACCCUGAUGGUUGUCCCCUUGUCAUAAACCCUUCACCUGGCAGCCCAGGCCCCAGCACUGGUCCCGGGGCCGUGCUGCAGCGGAGCCCCUUUGCUAACGCGAUUUGCAUGACUCUUAGCGCUUUGAAGUCAGCUCUAAAAACGCACCAGGUCACAGGAAGAGCAGCCGACUCCAGCUCAAACGGACCCUGGAUGCCCUCCUAGGAAGACUCUGUAGAUUUCAGUUCUGCUGUUUGCUGUAAGUUGAUCAAAACAUCCAGAAGGAAAUGACUAAAACUGUUUGCAUCUUUGUAUGUAUUUAUUACUUGAUGUAAUAAAGCUAUUUUCAUUAACAA